AUGGCGGACAAGCGGCAAAUCAGUGCUUCCACGCCGGGGGCUCGCCCAAUCCCUCUACCCCAGCGAGCCAGCCUAUCUUCGUCUCAGAGGACCAGGGAGAGCAGUCCUCACACCAGUCAUCUCUCAUCCGACCACCAUUCGGAUUAUCGGGAGACGAAAGAGACCAAAGAAGUCAACGAAGUCAAAGAAGCGAAAGAAAUCGUAACCCCCUACGAAUCCGAGAUCCACUAUGCACCAAAGUCGCACGCCUCGUCGCGCGAGUCCUUAUCGCUGCAGCGCCGGUCGCUUAUCACGGGCCUCCGCCGCUAUCCUACCCGCAAGAUCAAGCUUGUGCAGGGCUCCAUCCUGAGCGCCAACUAUCCCGUUCCUAGUGCAAUCCAGAAUGCCAUCCAACCGAAGUAUCGAGAGUCGAACGAGUUCGAAGAAGAAUUCUCCAAUCUACGAUACACGGCCGUGACAUGCGACCCCGAUGAGUUUGUUAUGCGGAAUGGCUACAACCUUCGCCCUUCGAUGUACAACCGUCAUACCGAAUUACUGAUCGCCAUUACCUGUCGCAGCGAGAACAAAGUCCUCACAACUCGAACUCUCCAUGGGGUGAUGCAGAACAUCCGAGAUAUCGUGAGUCUCAAGAAAUCCGAGUUCUGGACGAAAGGUGGCCCGGCGUGGCAAAAAAUCGUGGUCACAUUAGUUUUCGAUGGAAUUGAUCCAUGUGAUAAAAAUACCCUGGACGUCUUGGCGACCAUCGGUCUUUAUCAAGAUGGAUUGAUGAAACGGUCGGUCGAUGGGAGAGACACGGUUGCACAUAUCUUCGAAUACACCACCCAGCUCUCCGUGACCCCCGAUCAGCGAUUAAUCCGACCCAACGAAGAUGAGGCGAGUAAUCUGCCGCCCGUUCAGAUGAUCCUCUGCUUGAAGCAGCAGAGUAGCAGCAAGAUCAACUCGCAUCGCUGGAUUUUCAACGGGCUUUGUCGCAUGUUAACCCCGGAGAUCGUCAUCCUACUCGAUGCGGGCACGAAACCCGGCCGACAAUCCUUCCUCUCACUAUGGCAGGCCUUCUUCAACGAUGAAAAUCUGGGUGGGUCCUGUGGUGAAAUCCACGCCAUUCAAAAUAAAAAGAACUUCCUCAACCCAUUCGUGGCCGCACAAAACUUCGAGUACAAAAAGCGAAAUCUCCUGGAUAAGCCGCUGGAAAGUGUUUUCGGACAUGUCUCAUUGGGUCAAUUCUCGGCCUACCGGUAUCGAGCGAUUAUGGGUCGGCCGCUGGAGCAGUACUUUAACGGAGAUUUGACGCUGGCCAAGAAGUUAGGCAAAAAGGGGGUGGAGGGAAUGAACAUUUUCAAAAAGAACAUGUUCUUUGCCGGCGAUCGCAUUCUGUCGUUUGAAAUGAUGGCCAAAGCAGGAUCCAAGUGGCAUAUGAGCUUCGUCAAGGCGGCGAGGGCCGAGGCUGAAGUCCCCAAGGACAUCGUCGAUUUCAUUACCAGCCAGCGGCAAUGGCUGAACGGGUCGUUUGCAGCGAAUCUGUACACGCUCAUCCAUUUCAACCGCGUGUACAAGAGCAGGCAUAAUUUUGUUCGCUUGGCUCUUCUCCAUGUGCAAAUGAUCUACAACUGCGCGCAGUUUGUUUUGCACUGGUUUUCUCUCGCGACAUUCUGGCUCGUCAUCACGGUGGUGAUGGAUCUAGUCGGGGCGGUCGAUAAGCCGGGCCUGGUCGGCGGCUGGCCGUUUGGGAACCACGCAUCGUCGAUCGUGAAUAAUUUCCUCAAAUACGGAUAUGUGUUUGUGCUGAUGAUUCAGUACAUCCUAGCCCUCGGGCAGCGACCGAAAGGGUCCCGCCUGGCAUAUGUGCUUUCAUUCCUGGUAUUCACCAUUAUUCAGCUGUACAUUAUGGUCCUUGUCUUGUAUCUGGUGGCCAAGUCGACCACGAGUGAUAGCCUGAGAUUGCUCCUGGACGAGUACGCCCUAGACCACACAUCCAACGACAGAAUCGGCACAGACAUGUUCCUGUACACCCUCAUUGCCACCUGCGGAACGCAUGUCGUCGCGAGCUUACUUUACUUGGACCCCUGGCACAUCAUCACUUCAUCAUGGAUGUACUUUGCUGGCCUGACUUGGCGAUCCAACAUCUUGACGGUCUACGCGUUCUGCAACUGGCACGACGUCUCCCUCGGCACAAAGGUCGUGGACAAGAGCAAAGCGUUGCCCGAAGCCCAGACCAAGAAAGACGCCAAGUCGAGGUUCAUCGAAGAAGAAGAUCGACCGCAGAUUGACAUUGAUAGCCACUUCGAGAUGACUGUCAAGCGGGCGCUGGCUCCUUUUGUGCCACCGGAAGAGGGCAACGACUACAGCGCGGACGACUCGUACAAGACGUUCCGGACGAAUCUUGUGCUGUUGUGGGUCUUCAGCAAUUUGAUUCUGGUUCUGUGUAUGACGAGCACUGGAAUCAAGCAAUUCUGCUUGGAUAGUGGCCCCAACAUCCGAGUCUGGAAUUAUAUCUUAGUAAUGAUGUGGCUGGCCAUCGGUAUAGCCCUGUUUCGAUUCUUGGGGUCGGUCUGGUUCUUGAUGUACACGAUAGUGUUCCGCAUGGUCUCCAAGCGUUGA